UAGGGGGAAGGGAAAUGUAUUCUAACAACAAGAAAAGAAACGAGCUUCGAUCUAACAAUGUCGUUCACUACUUAGUCAAGACCUCUGUAGAUUUGAGCACUUAGGGUUAGUUUGGGGUUAACUUAAACGUUUGAGUUUUCAGACACCAAUCUUGUCGGCAAAGCACUGCUACUGGGGGUGCAUGCAGCACCUGAAACCUCAGAGUAGGCUAAACGUAGUGCUAGCUAAACGCGGGAUUGGACAUCCCUGGUGGAUGUCGGAAGGCAACUGCAAGUUCCACAGUUGCUCCAUCAACGUGAACUUAGUAAUGAUGUCCGGUACAACAUCUGUUGGGUUUGAUGACCAUUAUCAGAGAGCAGCAAGUACAAGCCCAAGCUUAUAAGGCCUUAAAUGGACUUGCACUGCAUAGCGUAUUAGCCCAAAUACACAGGCACGUCCGUCCUCAUCCUUGUCCAAGAUCCACCGACCUCUUGACACUGAUGGCGUGGCAACAGUGAGGUCGCCAGACUUGGACAGAAGACCUUUGCAUUCAGUUUAGGCUGCCUUGACCACCAUAUGCAUGAAAGAAAGAAACAACUGUGAAAAGCUUUUCCAUGUACCAAGAAUCUACAAAACACAUAGCUGUCCAGACAGGAAUCUGUUGGCAGGAGAUGCCCUCUGUAAGCCAGCGAUGCUGCUCUCUGAUGUCUCACCUUUCAACAGUGAAUGUCUCACAGCAGCGCUGCGCACAACCCACAGCAAUCUGCUGGAGAAUUGGGAAGUGACAGAAAUACGGAAAGCCGUGGAAGCAAGUGGAGGAGAGUUGAUUUUCCUCCUGGAGGGUUUUUUUUUCGCCUGAGGAUUGAGGAAGCAGCACACGGUGUUUGUGUGUUUGUCGGUGUUGAGAGCAACCCUUCCCUGAGGAAAGCCAGCAGGAAAACUGAUGAACACACUGUGCAGAGGGAAGUAUGCUGCAGACCAUUUAUGAGGGCAACUCGUGUUUCUCCACGGACAGCACUUACCAGCACCAGCAACUUGCUUCACAGCAUAACAUGCACAACAUCAACGAUUCAGUGAACAUAAAGCCAGAGAUGGUUCUGUCAGGGGACCCUGUGUCACCACUGGACCUGCGCACAGAUGUGAAGCUGCUGGACCCAGGCUCAGACACGGCGGUGUGGGAGAGACAGCUGCAAGAGGAGCUCCUGCUCAUCCAGAAGCAGCAGCAGCAUCAGAAGCAGCUGCUCAUCAGCGAGUUCCAAAAGCAGCAUGAGAACCUGCUGCGUCAACACCAAGUACAGCUCCAAGAGCAUCUCAAGCUCCAGCAGGAGUUGCAGGUUGUGAAGUACAAGCAGGAGCUGCUCCAGAAGGAGAAGCAGCAGGAGGAGCAGAAGCACAAGAAGGAGCAGGAUGGACUGCGCCAGGAGCAGCACAGCGCCCUCCAGAGGAGCCGGGAGCGCAGCCGCGACGCAGGUGCAAUUGCCAGCACUCAGGUGAAACAAAAACUCCAAGAGUUUCUGUUGAGCAAAACUCCAAAGGACGCCCUCUCCAGUGGAUCCCACGGCUCCCUCUGUCUGAGCCCUAAGCAGUGGUACAUCGCGUCUCAUCACACAUCUCUGGAUCAGAGCUCGCCUCCUCUUGGAGACACCUUGCCUCCCUCCAAGUUCAUCCUCCCCUUCUCUCCAGACAGCAAAGAUGACUUCCCUCUGCGGAAGACAGCAUCAGAGCCCAACUUGAAGAUACGCUCUCGGCUGAAACAGAAGGUUGUUGAGAGGAGGAGUAGCCCCUUGCUGAAGAAGAAUGAGGGAACCAUUACAGCUCCAUUUAAGAAGAGAGCCCUGGAGCUCCUAGAGUCAACAGAGAUCAAUUCCUCUGAAUCUGGUCCCAGCUCACCCAAGGGCGCUUCCAGUGCAAUAGGAGCUGAAAAUGGGCCUUCAUCACUCCCAACCACCACGCGCACGGAGCGUUGGCCCUCACAGCCGAGGUUAGUCGGGCCUGACGGACCCUUGUCUGUGCUGAGUCUGUACACAUCUCCUUCACUUCCCAACAUCACUCUGGGCCUGGCCGCAUCCUCUUCUCCCAUUACCGCUGCCCCUGGUGGUGGUGGGGGCGUGGUGCGGCACGGUCUGCCCACCCAGCUGCUGGGCCCCGUACCUCUGCCCGUCAGCCUGGAGAGCAAAGCAAGCAGCAGCCACCAAGCUCUCCUCCAGCACCUCCUGCAGAAGGAGCAGAUCCGCCAGCAGAGGAUCAUCUCAGGUCAGUCGCCUGCGUCUCCACAGUCCCUGUCGCCUCUGGCCACAAAGGAGCGCUCCGUGUGCGGUGGACGGCCCAAGCUGCCCCGCCAUCGCCCCCUCAACCGCACACAGUCCGCCCCGCUGCCCCAGAGCACGCUGGCCCAGCUGGUGAUCCAACAGCAGCACUACCUGGACAAACAGAACAGUUACCAACAGCAGCUCUCCUUCAGCAAGCUGCUGUGUCAAUCCAUUGAGCAGUCCAGACAAUCCUGCAAUCAGCUGGUAGAGUCAGAGGAUGAGCAGCAGGAUAGACGGCCAAGGGAGCAGUGCAUAACACAGGAGAGAUCGCCCUCUGGUGGUGUCAUCCGGAAACACAGCACCUCAAAUGGCACACACCUUCACAGCUCCACAGAUCCACAGCUAACAGACUCUCGUGGUAACCCUCACCCUGCCCCAAUCCAUGAGAUCAUUAAAGUCAAAGAAGAGCCUACCGACAGUGAUGAGGAGAUUGCACCCAAACAGAUCCCUACCUAUCAGCCUCAGAUGAAAGGGAGGUUGGUGAUCCAAGCCAUCAACUGAGGCUUCUCUAGAGAGCGGGCGCAGCUAGAUAACACGGCCCCGUAUGUUCAUCCCCACCCUGGACUUGUCUCUUCUUUGAGCUAAUGGAAUAUAAACAACGUUUUGAUGUUAUGUACAUACUGUGAAAACAAUGUUAAUAGCUUGUUCCUUCAAGGCGACUUUCUUUGUUUGAAAUCUGUCCUGUGAAUAAAUGUGUCAUCAUUUAAAGAUGAGACAUACAUGGCAGCUUUAGAGUAUGUAAUGUAUGGUAUUUCUGCCUGUCUCUUUCGGUUCUUAUAAACACAGCUGUUUGUAAUAACAAUGAUCAUCAUGUAACAUGUCUUAAUGUCUCAGUGUAAAGUAGUAUAGGCUACAUAUUUCCACCUGUACCUGCAGUAGUCAUUUUUAUGCUAUUUUUGAUUAGAUGAUGUUCUCCUUAGGUUGACAGGUGAAACCAUUCUCAUUAUGUGUCCUGUCCAAACUGUUGUGAGAAUCCUUCUAUCCCACAACCGCAAGGAGGAGUUUUCACACAAGAGAGGGAAAAGUAGUCAAGAGGGAAUGACGCAAUUUGUUCAGUUUCUCCACUUAUCAUGAUGUAAAUGCACCUCAAUGCCAACCUUCCUCCAGCUGAUGAUGAUGUCAUGUGUACAGAGUAUGUUUUAAUUGAAAUCUACAUAUUAUACAUUUCAAAAUGUCUGUUUUAGUCUCCUGGGUCAUAUUUGAUUUUGAUGGCCUCCUAGACUAUCUACACAGGCUCAUAUUAUCCAUAUGUUGACUGUUAACAACAAUUUAUGGCUAAGGGUUUGGGUUUAGUUAAGGUGGUAUUCAGUAAUUGUUAAACGACAAUUUCAAAGAUUGAACUUAACUUAUAAACCAUCUGUAAAGUGGGUGGACAAUCCAAGUGAAGUGUCCUGAUAUUCAUCUAUCUUUGGCGAGGUGAAUAGGCAGCAUGAAAACUUCAUGUUUCAUUCUUUUUGUAUGUCUCCUUUGCCUUCUGUUUUAAAUAACACUAAAAUAAAAUUCAUUCCCACCCUCUCAA